AUGGCAGAAAAACAGUCUGACCUGCUAGAGCAACGAAAGCAAGAUCUCGUCAAUGCAAAACUCGAUGGCGACGCAAGGGAAGAAAUAUUCGCUUACAAAAAUCUUGGCGAAGCAUAUAACGAGGUUGAUGAUACUAAAAAAGCGAUAGAUAACUUCAUACACAGUUUAAGGAUUGCCCAACAAGAAAACGACAGAGCUUACGAAGGCAAAGUGUCGUGGGAACUUGGAGAUGCUUAUUAUGAAUUCGAAGAUUAUAAACAAGCCCUACAACACUUUGACAAAUGCCUUAUUAUCUCCAAAGAGCUAGGAGACCGAGAUGGAGAAGGAAGUGCAAACCACAACCUUGGCCAAUGCUAUUAUGAACUCAGUGACUAUAAACAAGCCAUCCAACACUGCAACAAGUGCCUAAUUAUCUCCAAAGAACUAGGACACGGUAAUGGAGAGAGACGUGCAAACGACAACCUUGGCAGAAGCUAUUAUAAACUCAGUGAUUAUAAACAAGCCGUAAAAAACUUUAACAAAUGCCUUAUUAUCUCCAAAGAACCAGGAGACCAUGAUGGAGAGGGACGUGCCAACCACAACCUUGGCGGAUGCUAUUAUGAACUCAGUGAUUAUAAACAGGCCAUCGAACACUUUAACAAAUGCCUUAUUAUAUGCAAAGAGCUAGGAGGCCGAGAAGGAGAGGGAAGUGCAAACCACAACCUUGGCCAAUGCUAUUAUGAACUCAGCGAUUGUAAACAAGCAAUCCAACACUUUAACAAAUGCCUUAUUAUUUCCAAAGAAAUAGGAGACCGAGAUGGAGAGGGAAGUGCAAACCACAACCUUGGCCGAUGCUAUCAUGAACUCAGUGCUUAUAAACAAGCCAUCCAACACUUUAAAAAGUGCCUUAUUAUCUCCAAAGAAUUAGGAGACGGAGAUGAAGAGAGAAGUGCAAACGCCAACCUUGGCGAAAGCUAUAAUAAACUCACUGAUUAUAAACAAGCCAUCGAACACUUUAACAAAUGCCUUAUUAUCUCCAAAGAACUAGGAGACCGAGAAGGAGAGGGAAGUGCAAACGACAACCUUGACAGAUGCUAUUAUGAACUCAGUGAUUAUAAACAAGCCAUCCAACACUGCAACAAGUGCCUUAUUAUCUCCAAAGAGCUAGGAGACCGAGAUGGAGAGGGAAGUACAAACCACAACCUUGGCCAAUGCUAUUAUAAACUCAGUGAUUAUAAACAGGCCAUCGAACACUUUAACAAAUGCCUCAUCAUCUCCAAAGAACUAGGAGACCGACAUGGAGAGAAAAGUGCAAACUACAACCUUGGCCACUGCUGUUAUAAACUCAGUGAUUAUAAGCAAGCCGUAAAACACUUUAACAAAUGCUUUAUUAUCUCCAAAGCGCUAGGAGACCGAGAUGGAGAGGGACGUGAAAACCACACCCUAUGCCAAUGCUAUUAUGGACUCAGUGAUUAUAAACAAGCUGUAGAAUACUUUAAGAAAUGCCUUAUUAUCUCUAAAGAACUAGAAGACGGAGAUGGAGAGAGACGUGCAAACGAUAACCUUGGUGAAAGCUAUAUUAAACUUAGUGAUUAUAAACAAGCCAUUGAACACUUUAACAAAUGCCUCAUUAUCUCUAAAGAACUAGGAGACCGAGAUGGAGAGGAACGUGCAAACCACAGCCUUGGCGAAUGCUAUUAUGGACUCAGUGAUUAUAAACAAGUCAUCGAACACUGCAGCAAAUGCCUUAUCAUCUCCACAGAACUAAGAGACCGAGAUGGAGAGAGACGUGCCAACCGCAAUCUUGGUCAAUGCUAUCUCACACUCAGUGAUUACAAACAAGCCGUAGAACACUUUAACAAAUGCCUUAUUGUCUCCAAAGAACUAGGAGAACGAGAUGGAGAGAGACGUGCAAACCACAACCUUGGCCAAUGUUAUCAAGCACUCAAUGAUUACAAACAAGCCAUAGAACACUUUGACAAAUGCCUUAUUCUCUCCAAAGAACUAAGAGACCGAGAUGGAGAGGGAAGUGCAAACGACAACCUUGGCCAAUGCUAUUAUGAACUCAGUGAUUAUAAGCAAACCAUCCAAUACUGCAAAAAGUGCCUUAUUAUCUCCAAAGAGCUAGGAGAUCGAGAUGGAGAGAGACGUGCAAACGACAACCUUGGCGAAAGCUAUUAUAAACUCAGUGAUUAUAAACAAGCCGUAAAACACUUUUACAAAUGCCUUAUUAUCUCCAAAGAGCUAGGAGACCAAGAUGGUGAGGGACGUGCAAACCACAACCUUGGCCAAUGCUAUUAUAAACUCAGUGAUUAUAAACAGGCCAGCGAACAUUUAAACAAAUGCCUUAUUAUCUUCAAAGAAAUAGGAGACCGAGAAGGAGAGGGAAGUGCAAAUAACAACCUUGGUCAAUGCUAUCAUGCACUCAGUGAUUUUAAACAAGCCGUAGAACACUUUAACAAAUGCCUUAUUGUCUCCAAAGAACUAGGAGAACGAGAUGGAGAGAGACGUGCAAACCACAACCUUGGCCAAUGCUAUCAAGCACUCAUUGAUUACAAACAAGCCAUAGAACACUUUGACAAAUGCCUUAUUCUCUCCAAAGAACUAAGAGACCGAGAUGGAGAGGGAAGUGCAAACCACAACCUUGGCCAAUGCUAUCAAGCACUCAGUGAUAACAAACAAGCCAUAAAACACUUUGAAAAAUGCCUUGUUCUCUCCAAAGAACUAAGAGACCGAGAUGGAGAGGGAAGUGCAAACGACAACCUUGGCCAAUGCUAUAAUGAACUCAGUGAUUAUAAGCAAACCAUCCAAUACUGCAACAAGUGCCUUAUUAUCUCCAAAGAGCUAGGAGAUCGAGAUGGAGAGAGACGUGCAAACGACAACCUUGGCGAAAGCUAUUAUAAACUCAGUGAUUAUAAACAAGCCGUAAAACACUUUAACAAAUGCCUUAUUAUCUCCAAAGAGCUAGGAGACCAAGAUGGUGAGGGACGUGCAAACCACAACCUUGGCCAAUGCUAUUAUAAACUCAGUGAUUAUAAACAGGCCAUCGAACACUUAAACAAAUGCAUUAUUAUUUUCAAAGAGAUAGGAGACCGAGAAGGAGAGGGAAGUGCAAAUGAAAACCUUGGUCAAUGCUAUCAUGCACUCAGUGAUUAUAAACAAGCCGUAGAACACUUUCACAAAUGCCUUAUUAUCUCCAAAGAGCUAGGAGACCGAGAUGGAGAGGGAAGUGCAAACCACAACCUUGGCCAAUGCUAUUAUGAGCUCAGUGAUUAUAAACAAGCCAUCGAACACUUUGAUAAAUGCCUUAUUAUCUCCAAAGAACUAAGAGACCAAGAUGGAGAGGGAAGUGCAAACCACAACCUUGGCCAAUGCUAUUAUGAACUCAAUGUUAAUAAACAAGCCAUCCAACACUUUAACAAGUGCCUUAUUAUUUCCAAAAAACUAGGUGACCGAGAAGGAGAGGGAAGUGCAAACGAAAACCUUGGCCGAUGCUAUUAUGAACUCAGUGAGUAUAAACAAACCAUCCAAUACUGCAACAAGUGCCUUAUUAUCUCCAAAGAACUAGGAGACCGAGAUGGAGAGAGACGUGCAAACGACAACCUUGGCGGAUGCUAUUAUAACCUAAGUGAUUAUAAACAAGCCAUCGAACACUUUAACAAAUGCCUUAUUAUCUCCAAAGAGCUAGGAGUCCGAGAAGGAGAGAGACAUGCAAACCACAACCUUGGCCAAUGCUAUUAUAAACUCAGUGAUUAUAAACAGGCCAUUGAACACUUUCACAAAUGCCUUAUUAUCUCCAAAGAGCUAGGAGACCAAGAAAGAGAGAGACGUGCAAACCAUAACAUUGGCCAAUGCUUUUAUAAACUCAGUGAUUAUAAACAGGCCAUUGAACACUUUAACAAAUGCCUUUUUAUCUCCAAAGAGUUAGGAGACCGAGAAGGAGAGAGAGGUGCAAACCACAACCUUGGCCAAUGCUAUUAUGAGCUCAGUGAUUAUAAACAGGCCAUUGAACACUUUAACAAAUGCCUUAUCAUCUCCAAAGAACUAGGAAACCCAAAAGGAGAGAAAGGUGCAAACCAUAACAUUGGCCAAUGCUAUUAUAUAUUCGGUGAUUAUAAACAAGCCAUCCAACACUUUAACAAAUGCCUUAUUAUUUCCAUAAAACUAGGAGACCGAGAAGGAGAGGGAAGUGCAAACGAAAACCUUGGGCAAUGCUAUUAUAAACUCAGUGAUUAUAAACAGGCCAUUGAACACUUUAACAAAUGCCUUACUAUCUCCAAAGAGGUAGGAGACCGAGAUGGAGAGGAAAAUGCAAACCACAACCUUGGCCAAUGCUAUCGUGCACUCAGUGAUUAUAAACAAGCCUUAGAACACUUUAACAAAUGCCUUAUUAUCUUCAAAGAACCAGGAGACCGAGAUGGAGAGGGAAGUGCAAACCAUAAUCCUGGCCAAUGCUAUCAAGCUCUCAGUGAUUACAAACAAGUCGUAGAAAACUUAAACAAAUGCCUUAUUAUCUUCAAAGAAGUAGGAGACCGAGAAGGAGAGGGAAGUGCAAAUGACAACCUUGGCCGAUGCUAUUAUGAACUCAGUGAUUAUAAACAAGCCGUAGAACACUUUUACAAAUGCCUUAUUAUCUCCAAAGAGCUAGGAGACCGAGAUAGAGAGAAAAGUGCAAACGACAACCUUGGCCGAUGCUAUUAUGAACUCAGUGAUUGUAAACAAGCCGUAAAACACUUUAACAAAUGCCUUAUUAUAUCCAAAGAGCUAGGAGACCGAGAAGGACAGGAAAGUGCAAAUAACAACCUUGGCCGAUGCUAUUAUGAACUCAGUGAUUAUAAACAAGCCCUUCAACACUGCAACAAGUGCCUUAUUAUCUCCAAAGAGCUAGGAGACCAAGAUGGAGAGGGGCGUGCAAACCACAACCUUGGCCAAUGCUAUUAUAAACUCAGUGAUUAUAAACAGGCCAUUGAACACUUUAACAAAUGCCUUAUUAUCUCCAAAGAGGUAGGAGACCGAGAUGAAGAGGAAAGUGCAAACCACAACCUUGGCCAAUGCUAUCGUGCACUCAGUGAUUAUAGACAAGCCGUAGAACACUUUAACAAAUGCCUUAUUAUCUUCAAAGAACCAGGAGACCGAGAUGGAGAGGGAAGUGCAAACUACAACCCUGGCCAAUGCUAUCAAGCUCUCAGUGAUUACAAACAAGUCGUAGAAAACUUAAACAAAUGCCUUAUUAUCUCCAAAGAAGUAGGAGACCGAGAAGGAGAGGGAAGUGCAAAUGACAACCUUGGCCGAUGCUAUUAUGAGCUCAGUGAUUAUAAACAAGCCGUAGAACACUUUUACAAAUGCCUUAUUAUCUCCAAAGAACUAGGAGACCGAGAAGGAGAGGGAAGUGCAAACGACAACCUUGGCCAAUGCUAUUAUAAACUCAGUGAUUAUAAUCAGGCCAUUGAAAACUUUAACAAAUGCCUUAUUAUCUCCAAAGAGCUAGGAGACCGAGAUGGACAGAAAAGUGCAAACCACAACCUUGGUCAAUGCUAUCGUGCACUCAGUGAUUAUAAACAAGUCGCAGAACACUUUAACAAAUGCCUUAUUAUCUCCAAAGAGCUAGGAGACCGAGAAGGACAGGAAAGUGCAAACUACAACCUUGGCCGAUGCUAUUAUGAACUCAGUGAUUAUAAACAGGCCAUUGAACACUUUAACAAAUGUCUUAUUGUCUCCAAAGAGCUAGGAGACCGAGAUGGAGAGAUAAGUGCAAACCACGACCUUGGCAACUGCUAUCGUGCACUUAGUGAUUAUAAACAAGUCGUAGAACACUUUAACAAAUGCCUUAUUAUCUCCAAAGAGCUAGGAGACCGAGAUGGAGAGGGACGUGCAAACCACAACCUUGGCCAAUGCUAUUCUAAACUCAGUGAUUACAAACAGGCCAUUGAACACUUAACCAAGUGCCUAAUUAUCUCCAAAGAGGUAGGAGACCGAGAUAGAGAGAAAAGUACAAACCACAACCUUGGCCAAUGCUAUUAUAAACUCAGUGAUUAUAAACAGGCCAUUGAACACUUUAACAAGUGCCUUAUUAUCUCCAGAGAGCUUGGAGACCGAGAAGGACAGGAAAGUGCAAACGACAACCUUGGCCGAUGCUAUUAUGAACUCAGUGAUUAUAAACAAGCCGUAAAACACCUUAACAAAUGCCUUAUUAUCUCCAAAGAGCUAGGAGACCGAGAAGGACAGGAAAGUGCAAACGACAACCUUGGCCGAUGCUAUUAUAAACUCAGUUAUUAUAAACAAGCCGUAAAACACUUUAACAAAUGCCUUAUUAUCUCUAAAGAGCUAGGAGACCGAGAAGGAGAGGGACGUGCAAACGACAACCUUGGCCGAUGCUAUUAUGAACUCAGUGAUUAUAAACAAGCCAUCCAACACGGCAACAAGUGCCUUAUUAUCUCCAAAGAGCUAGGAGACCGAGAUGGAGAGAGACGUGCAAACCACAACCUUAGCAUAUGCUAUUGUAAACUCAGUGAUUAUGUACAAGCCGUAAAACACUUUAAGAAAUGCCUUAUUAUUUCCAAAGAACUAAGAGACCGAGAAGGAGAGGGAAGUGCAAACCACAACCUUGGCGAAAGCUAUAUUAAACUCAGUGAUUAUAAACAGGCCAUCGAACACUUCAACAAAUGCCUUAUCAUCUCCAAAGAACUAGGAAACCCAAAAGGAGAGAAAAGUGCAAACCACAACCUUGGCCAAUGCUAUUAUAAACUCAGUGAUUAUAAACAAGCCAUCCAACACUUUAACAAAUGCCUUAUUAUUUCCAAAGAACUAAGAGACCGAGAAGGAGAGGGAUGUGCAAACCACAACCUUGGCCAAUGCUAUCACGCACUCAGUGAUUACAAACAAGCCGUAGAACACUUUAACAAAUACCUUAUUGUCUCCAAAGAAUUAGGAGACCGAGAUGGAGAGAAAAGUGCAAACCACAACCUUGGCAAAUGCUAUCAAGCAUCCAGUGAUUACAAACAAGCCGUAGAACACUUUGACAAAUGCCUCAUUAUCUCCAAAGAGCUAGGAGACCGAGAUGGAGAGAGACGUGCAAACCACAUCCUUGGCAAAUGCUAUCAAGAACCCAGUGAUUACAAACAAGUCGUAGAACACUUUAACAAAUGCCUUAUUAUCUCCAAAGAGCUAGGAGACCGAGAUAGAGAGAAAAGUACAAACCACAACCUUGGCCAAUGCUAUUAUAAACUCAGUUAUUAUAAACAAGCCGUAAAACACUUUAACAAAUGCCUUAUUAUCUCCAAAGAGCUAGGAGACCGAGAAGGGCAGGAAAGUGCAAACGACAACCUUGGCCGAUGCUAUUAUCAACUCAGUGAUUAUAAACAAGCUGUAGAAUACUUUAAGAAAUGUCUUAUUAUCUCUAAAGAGCUAGUAGACCGAGAUGGAGAGAAAAGUGCCAACCACAGCCUUGGCCAAUGCUAUUAUGGACUCAGUGAUUAUAAACAAGCUUUAGAAUACUUUAAGAAAUGCCUUAUUAUCUCCAAAGAACUAGGAGACCGAGAUGGAGAGAAAAGUGCAAACCACAACCUUGGCGGAUACUAUUACGAACUCAGUGAUUAUAAACAAGCCGUAGAACACUUUUACAAAUGUCUUAUUAUCUCCAAAGAACUAGGACACCGAGAAGGGGAGGAAAGUGCAAAUGACAACCUUGGCCGAUGCUAUUUUGAACUCAGUGAUUAUAAACAAGCCGUAGAACACUUUUACAAAUGCCUUAUUAUCUCCAAAGAACUAGGACACCGAGAUAGAGAGGGACUUGCGAACCACAACCUUGGCCAAUGCUAUUAUGAACUCAGUGAUUAUAGACAAGCCAUAGAGUACUUGGAGCAAAGUUUGAUAAUUGCCAAAAGUACUGGGAAUAAAGUUGCGGAAGGAAGAGCUAAACGGUUCUUUGGCGUAAUUUAUCGAUCUUUAGGCGAGUUUGAAAAAGCAAAAGAGAACUACAUGCGACAACUUUCCAUCACCAAAGGCGUAAGGGACCGCGAUGGUGAACUAGAAGCUUACAACAGCCUUGGGGAUGUUUUUAACAUGCUUGGUAAGUUCAGCACAGCCAAAGGUUACUUUGACAUAGAACUUGCCAUCGCUAAAGAAAUUAAGAAUAGGAAAGCAGAGGCACGGUCUUAUUGCGGUCUUGGCCAGGCUCAUCUACAGCGAGGAGAUUUUAUGAAAGCCAUUGAAUUCUACGGUCAAUUUCUUAACAUUGCUAAAGAAGAGGAGGUAGGAGGGAAAGAAGGAUGUGUCUAUCACAAUUUGGGUGAGGCCUAUCUUGGACUCAAUAAUCUCAAGGAAGCUUCUUACUACGGUAUGAAAAGUCUUGCCUUUACAAAACAAAAUGGACACAAAUUUUGCGAGAGGGCGGCGAAUUGUAUCCUUGGCCGUACUAUGGAAAGCUUCAAUCUCCUGCAUAAAGCUCUAGAUCAUUAUCGGUCCGCUUUAAAGAUCUUAAAUGAUGAGAGGGACAUUAUCAAGGCUGAAGAUGCUCACAAAAUAUGCUUCCGAAAUGCUUAUCAUUUUGAAUACAAUGCCCUGAGCAGAACUUUGCUGAAACUUUCAAACUUUGGCGAGGCGUUGUGCGUUGUUGAUCAAGGAAGAGCACAGGUCUUACUAGAUUACAUGAAGCAAAAAUAUCAGAUGGAAUCGCCUCCGCUCAGGACAUCAGAACCCGACGUGGCACCUUUGGCUUCCACACAAACAAUUUUCAUUUCACUUGUAAAAAAAACGAUUAAUAUAUGGCUGGUCAGUAACGGGAAUGAUGUUCAGUUUCGACAAAAGGAAGCAAAUCACGAUUACAAGUUCGGCAAUGAUCCCUGUCCCUACUGUUUAAAAUGUUUGGAAAAAGCAGCUUUCAAAGAAUAUGAAUUUGGUGCUCGAGUUAUCUGCGAGGAUCGUUCUAUGGAUGCAUUGAGGCCGGAUCUGUGGGAGCAAGACGAAGAACCUUGUCAUGAAAUGUCAGCGUUACUGUCCGAGGACAGCUCUCGUCUGGAUGUGACUAGAGAGGAAUCGCCACUGGACAUAGAAACUUGUCACGAAAUGUUGAGGUCACCACAAAGUCAGGGGAAUUCCUUGCGGCUGUUGUAUGAUGCUGUUAUUGGUCCCAUCGCGAACGAGUUGGAAGGUGAUGAAUUACUCAUUAUUCCCGAUGGUCUACUAGGUCUGGUUCCCUUUGCUGCCUUCGUCGAUAAAGAUUCCAAGUACCUCUGUGAAACAUUUAAGAUUCGCAUUGCUCCGUCACUGACCACUUUGAAACUAAUCGAAGAUUGUCCUGAAAACUACCAUGGUAAGAGUGGGGCGCUGCUUGUGGGUAAUCCAUGUCUCGAGGAGGUAACAGAUUUCCUUGGAAAACCUUGGUUUCAGCCACUGCCUCACGCUGAAAAGGAAGUGCAAAUGAUCGGAGAAAUUAUUAAUGCCACACCACUCGUCGGAAAGGAAGCGACUAAAGACGAAGUACUGAAACGCAUUGCUUCUGUCGCUUUGGUCCACAUCGCAACGCAUGGAAGCGCGGCGACAGGUGACAUUUGUUUGGCCCCAAAUCCUUCAAGGAAGUGCCAGAAACCGAAGAAGGAAGACUGCAUGCUAAAAAUGUCAGAUAUCAAAGCUCUGAAGCUUCGAGCAAGACUUGUCGUGCUUAGCUGUUGUUACAGUGGUCGAGGGAACGUUUCUGCCGAAGGCGUGGUUGGCAUGGCAUGGGCUCUCUUGGCUUCUGGUGCCCGCUCUGUUCUAGCGUCACUCUGGGCAAUUGGUGACGAGGCUACAAUGGAAUUCAUGAAAACAUUCUAUAAACAUCUCAGGAAAGGUGACAAAGCUAGUACGGCUCUCAAUAAAGCUAUGAAAUUCAUGAGAGAAUCUGAGAAGUUUAGUGCUCCAAAGAACUGGGCUCCAUUUGUGAUCAUUGGUGAUGACGUCACGCUUCAAUUUGAAGAAAAAGAGAACGAACAAUGCUAA